GGAUCUAGAAAUCUUGGAAGUUGAAGUUUCGUGACUGCAUUCCAUGCCGUUUGCCAGUGUUCAUUUAUACGAUUAAACGGAUAUUUCUUGUGGUUAUGGACCUUCUGAAAGUAAAUCCAAAUACUAACUGUGAAUUCGGUCGUUCUCAAGAAUUGUGCACUUAAUCAUGCCCACCCUCAUUCUGAUAUUUAAAUUUUAUGCUUCCAUCUAUUUGUCUCUCACUCGCCAACUUGCUACCAAACUUGUGAUGUCCUUCACCCAUCCUCAGCUCUUAGUUUGAUGGGGAAAAUUAUGAGUGGUCAAAAUGAUCUGCAACUUUGAGAAUUGUUGCCGUUUGUGUCUUGCCAAGGAUCAACUGCUUCCUAUCUUCAGUCACGAUGAAGCGGAGAAAUUAAUAGCUCCCAAAAUUCUGUACUGCUACUCUUUAUUUGUGUACAGGAAGGAUCCCUUUUCGAAGCACUUAUGCUUUCGAUGCUUGAGCAAUCUCCAAGACACUUGGAAAUUCCAACAAAUGUGUUUUCAUAACAAUGAAAAACUAAUACGGGCUUUAAAAGAGGAUCCAAGUGUCAAAUGCUCUGAGCAGUACUUAAAAUCUGUAGAAAAUGCUUCUAAAACUACUUCAUUGCACUCUUUACUCUCUUGCAAAUCUCUAGAAGAGGUCGACACAAUUUAUCGAGGCUAUGAAUCUAUCAUUGAUUUUUCAGUGCAAAUUGAAAAUGUGGAGCUUAUAGAUAUAUGUUCAGAAGAAGAAGACAGUAAAGAACAAGUUCGUUCACAAAUUAAUUCCAGAUCCUUUUUAAUUAAAGGCCAUGCUCAAACCCAGUCAAAUAGUACUAGUGAAUUGCUCAACUGUUCCCAACCAGAUUCAACAACGAAAAGCUGGAGAAGGUCCUUUUCCAGUGAAAUUUCAGAUGACACAUCUUCUUCCUGUAGCGGCAGCACUUCAAAAUCUCAAAAUACAGGAAGAGGAACCGGUGACAAGGGUCAAGUAAACAACAAGAAAAUGCCUUGUGAGAGGAAAAGUCAGGGUGUUGAACAAGACACCAAAGUAAAAUCUCUACGCAGCACUCGAAAAACAGAGAUUGCUAGUGAGAGCAAAAGCAUCUCUACAAAACAAUCUGAACUGAGAAGCCUAAGGCCGUUGCUGAAAAAGGACAAGAGUACUGAGUCCGUCUCAAGAGCAGAGAGUCCAGAUAAUAGAUCCAUCCGUUCCCUUAGCCCCAGUAAUAGCUCCCGAAGACUAAGUGCAGGAAGUAGAUCCAGAAGGUCCAGUAUUUCAAAUGACUUUGAUGCAGAUAGUCUUGGCUCCAUUGAAUCAUUAAAUUCUGUUUAUUCAGAAGUCUCAACCAACAGUACAAGAAGAGGCAGGGCCAGACCUGUAUCGCCACUUAUUAAUGGCAGGCUCAAAACUGGUACCAAAAAGCGAAAACUUGAAACUCAGUCAUCCAACCAUGCCGAGGAUUAUAAAGUUAAAGAAGAAGACUUAGAUCCUCCUGCCAAAAGACUGAGACAUUCGCACUCUGAAGCCACUGCUGUCCCGAGUUCCGUUAGUAAGUCAAACAAUCUUUUUAGCUGCAAAUACUGUAAAAAAGGGUUUAACUCAAAAUGUGACAAAAAGGAACACUCAAAAAUAUGUCAUGAGAAGAAAAUAAUAAACUGUAAAUACUGCUUAAAACGAAUGUACAGAGAAGAUGAUCUACUCAGACAUAAUUUGUGUCAUGUGAAAGUAGAUAUCAUCCGUUUGCCAAGAAACCGUCAUUCCUGCAGUAACUGUCAUAGGUAUUUUUAUCCAAAAGUGGCAUUGAGAAAGCACAAGAGAAAUUGCAGGAAACCUCCUGCAUCGAUAGAAAUCAUAAAACCGGAUGAAGACCCCUUGAGUUCAUCUGAAGAAUCAGACAGUGGCGACCUUGAACUUUUUUCAGACGACCCGCAAACUGCAUAUGAGCUGAAUGGUGCAUUUUCAACUAUACCGGAUAAUCCAAAUUGUCGAGACUUCCGAAGUAAACGAAUGACCAGUAGAAUUGAUUUGCCUCUAGGAAAAAUAGACUUUUCUAAAUCGCAACCAAUUUCUCAUGGUCUGAACAUGGAAACGAGUGAAAAUUAUGUAAAUACCCUUUGUAAGUACUGCCGAGAUGUUUUUACUGAUGCAGAAGAGCUGUGGAAACACAUGGUGAUUUGUCACAAGUACGUCAAUGUUCACUGUCCAUCGAAGCCUGAUUCAGUAGAAACCUUGUAUCGGUGCAUAGAUGAAAGUUGCAAAAAAAAGUUUUCUGCGCUUAAAGAUCUUUUGAAUCAUGUACAAUUACAUAUAUCCCUAAAAUGCCACCAUUGUGAAUAUUCAACGCAUAAAUUUUGGCAAAUGCUGCGUCACGCAAACGAAUGUGAGCAAAACCCUGAAAAAGGACGUUGGAUUAAGUGUUGCAAUUUAAAAUUUAAUAACAGCCAUAAUUUUUACAUUCAUAAGAUGUUUGAGUGCUCUUUACACAAAGCUACUCUCAAUGACCUUAAGGCUAAUACAAUAGGAGAGAGUGUAAAAUGUAGUGUAUGCUCAAAACACACGAGUAUUGGAUCAGAACAACUGCUCCUUCAUCUCUUACAUCAUGCUGAAUCGAACGUCAACUCAAAUUGCCAAGAUGCAGAAAUCAAAAAUAUUGACGCAGAACAAGCAGAGUUUGUGAAAAUAUUCGGACUCGCUCCUCGAGACAUCAACAUUGAAAAACAGACGGAUACUUUGAAAUGUAUCGAUUGUAAUGACACUUUUCUGUCCUCAGAAGAACUCCAUGAUCACAUGAAAAAGUGUCUCAUCCUCUCAUGCUCCAAGUGUAAAUUAAAUUUUAGUGAUAGUUUUAAUUUUAUUGUACAUGAAUGUGUCAAUCGUUGUAAAUUAUGUCUAAGUCAGUUAAACUCUGAACGCCAUGUGUGCCUCGCCCGGAAAAUACUCACCUCCGGUCCGAAAGGGAAACUAAAAUGUACUGUUUGUAAGGUAGUUCUCGUAAAUUUACUGAAUUCCCGUUAUCAUAUUCUUCAGCAUUUUCCUGUCAGUAACAAAGAGUGGCGAGACAAUGUAAAAUGUCAAAUCUGUGAAGAAGAACUCAGCAAUGAAUUAACUCUCAACAUACACUAUUAUUUGAAACAUCCAUCCAAAGACGAAGGGCAACAAGGUAGGACUCCAAAAUUAGUAAGAAAGCUGUUUCAGGACUCAAAAGACAGUCCAACUUGUAACCUGACAACUGUCGAAAAGCCUCUAUCAAAUGUUGACUCUUUUCUCAAUCCAAAUGAGGAUCAGUAUUUUGAACGAUCCGGCAAAAUAAUUGGAGACAAAGGAUGUCAGACACCGUGGUUCUCUAAGAGUGUAGAAGACAAUUCAUCGCAUGACCUGAUAAUUUCAGGAAACUAUCAACAAGAUGUUAGCUCCUUUUCUAACGUAAACUGUGAUCAGUAUUUUAAAAGUUAUGGCAUCGGAAUUGAAGAUAAAGGGUGUCAGACAUCUCGGCAGCGUCAACCACUAGACACACUGAACAUUCAUGCUGGAGGCAAAAACUCAAACUGUAGUGUAAAAACUCCUAUUUCCUCCCCAAAACACAACAUUGGAGAUGGAGUUGUGUCUCAAAGCACAAAUUGUAUUUCUAUCUCCUCUUUGCCCAGUAAUUGCAUGGAAAACAAAUAAUCUCUCCCUAUAGCUCAGUAGGCAAUCAAACUGCAGGAGGCUCAGUUGGUGAAAAUUUCGUUCCAAAAUUGAGAUUAGUUUUUAUAUCAAAACAAAAGCAGUAUGCAUUUACUUACCAGUUCUCUUUACACUUUUAAAUUUUUUUGCGCACAAGUUUUUACCCUUAUUAAUGUUGUAAUAUCAAUUUCCCACCCCCUGAAACUUCUGAAUGUUUUGGUCUUUAACUUUUAGUCCUUUACGAACAAAAAGAGCAAUGAAGCUGAAGUACUCACAUUUGUAAGUUCAACUCACUCUUGUGGCCACAACAUAUUCAACCCUUAGUUUUAGAAGAUAGCAGUUUUUUCUUCAUUAACAGAAAGAGUCCACUUCAAACAGAUUUUAAUGUAUUUUCAUUAAAUAUUUAUGCAGACGUAAAUUAACCAUGAAAAGUUAUAAACUCAUCACUUAGGCAUGCUAAUUUCACUGCAUCAAAAACUAUGUUUUGCUUUCAGUCUGCAAGUGAGCUGAUUCAAGUUAACAAGUGUGUUUGUGUUAAGAGUGAUUCAUUCGUCCUCAAUUCUAAAUUUCAAGAUGAUGCUCUUAUGUGAUUUGCUCUUAAAACCUCUCUAAGAGUUUGACUUUUGUGACUUCACCAAAUCUUGGAUCAUCUUGGUUUAGAUAGGUCUCUUUAUUCAGUCAGGUUUUCGACAGGGUAUGUAAACCUUCCCCUCUUCUUUGAUGAUGUAAAUGGCCAGAUCUCAUAUUAAGUAAUCACUUCACAUAUUUCAUUGGCUUUGGAAUGUUAUGUAAGUUUGUGUUCCGCUCAGUGUUGAUUCAAUUCCAAAAAUGUCCUCUGUUAAAUUCAAAUGAAUUGAAUUUUUCUGUAUCCAACUGCUGCCUUCAAGCCCCUUAAUUUUCUUCUGAAAAUCACCUAAAAGUUCGUGUAACUUUAAAAAAUAAAUUUCAGUGGAAUUUUUCUUUUCCUCAUUUCCCUGAAAAUUAUAUUGAAGUUUAUUACAUAGUAAGAUUUCCAUACUGACCCUUGUACUUUGGCAUCUAAUCAGUGAAUGAGUCAACAAGGACUGAAAUUUUACUCCUUCAUAUUCUCAUCACAACCCUGAACUUUCUCUGUCUUCAGUAAUCUAAAUCGGCAUGUGCUUGUGACAGCCUCACAAGAUGCCUUGUUCCCUCUUACUCUUCUCAUCCAUUCUAAUAUGCUGUAAGGCAUUUCUUGUCCUGUACCAUUCUCUCCUUUUUCCCUCUUUCUUUUAUAUUUGUUUAUGGUACAAAAUAUUUUAUGUUGCUCAUUAUCGUUUAUUUUAUUGUUGUUUUUCUUUUUAAUUGAAAAAUGAGGUUUUUUCAUCGUAUAAUUUACCCCCAGGCAUUGCAUUCUUAGGUAUGCAUAACCUUCAACUAGUCUAGUACCAAUCUCUUAUUUGCUAAACCGUAACUUUGAAUGUCUAUGGAAAGAUUUUUUCUGAAUGUAGCCUCAUGCCGGUGUGAAAUUGUUUAAAUCAUGACUAUUACGAAAAUUUUCAAGUCAAACUGAGGAUCCCAAUCAGUUGUUAAAAAAUCAAUGUAUCCAGGUCCCCUCACAUAUGGUAAUGUAAGAUGUUGAAGAAUUUUUGAGCAGCAACUUGUGUUGCUCAUUAUCAUUUAUUUUACUAAUGUUCUUUUUUUUUUAAAUUGAAAAAUGGGGUGUUUUCUUUGUAUAAUUUCUCCUCGGGCAUUGCAUUCUUAGGUAUUUUUUAAGUUUUUUUAAGUUUAAAGUCAACCUCUCACAAUAAGUUCAUUCUCUACAAGCCACUGGCUAUAGCAAGUGCCUUUUAAGGUAAUAAAUCUAAUCUUUAACUUUUGCUAUGGAAAUUUUGUUAAUCUUUCUCCUCAAGGAAAUUUAUGUUCCCCGGCAAGAAUUCUGAUUGAAUUCUGCCCAUUUCAGUUUAUUAAUUACCUUUUUUGGCAGCAUGGUAGCGGAUUGGAUUGGUCAUUGGUGACCUCUAAAAUGUUGUGUUGAAGCAAAUGGUCAGUCGAAUAAAAGCACAAGCAAAGAUUUUUGGUCUUAUUGCAAAAUGCUCUAUGUACCAUAUUCAUUUCAAUGAUAAUAGUUCUAUAAUUGUGGCUUGAUUCAUGUUAGUUGAUUGAGCAGUUGGUUAAUAUCAUUUUAGAAUCAUUGUUGAAAGUUGAAGAAUUUUUUUUUCUAAGUGUUGCCUCAAUUUAACUAAAAAUGAAGGAAUUUGUGUGCAAUCUUAACCGUUCAUAUAAUUUUUCAUUGUCAUUGCUGAUUGGGAUCCUAACCUAAAGCCAGAAUAGACCUCAGUAUACUUUUACACCGAAUUACAUUGUUGCACAUUUUAUUACUUAUGUUUUCAACUAGAAUUAAGAAUUUGUUAUAAUCUUUGCAAUGUUUAUUUGUAUUAGUUUAUUAGUUCAGUUUUACUUCUACUUUUAUACCUGUCAGUUUCUUUUUAUUUUUUCACAAUUUAGGGUAAGUGUACCUACUCAAUGCAACUACAGCAAAUGAAGGACUCAAAAAUAUCCAUUGCUUCUGGCAGAAUUUUUUAGCUUUUCAGACUUGCACAAAUGUGAUAUUUUAUAGGGGUAUGUUCCAGAGGUAUACUAAAAGAAGAGAGUAAAAAAUUCGAUGGAUGAAUUUACAAAUUUCCUGCAGGGUAGCUCCAAAAUGUUCUUUAUGUUGCAGGAUCUAUGCACAUAAGAAGUUUGACACCAUUCCACCAUGAAAAAUUUGAAAAAUGAAAUUUGUAGAGCCCAUUUCAGAUAUAUAUAUAUAUAUAUCCUUAUCCUGCGCAUACAGCAAAAGAGGGAAAGUAAUCUGGAAUCAUAGAGAAAAAACAAAGGAGGUGUUAACAUUUCCGUCAUCUUAGAAUUCUUUUGAUGACGUAGGUCGGUACGGCGACUUUUAUCAUCGAUUUUCUUGGUAAUGGUGUAGUUUAUGAAUAAAAUGCACUCCACAUGAAGUGUUUAAAAUUUUAUCAUAAGUUGAUUUAAGCAAAAAAAUCGGACGUUAUAGUCCGUUUUCCACACUUUGAAUUCUGGAUUUCGCUGACCAGGUUGUACCGACCUACGUCACAGGGCACACAGUCCUCAAGAUGCAAACACCUUCUUUUUUUCCUCUAUGAUCUGAAAUGGGCUAUAAUUCCUCUUUUCAAUCUUCCAUUUUUCCCCUAUUUGUGGGGGGGGGGGGCAAAAAUACUGCUAAGUCAACUUGAAAUUUAUCUUUUGUCAGCAGCCUAGCCUGGGAGCAAGGUAGCGCAGUUUAGAUUACAAUACUUAUGUUGCCAUUCUCUGUCGACUCUCUGAAAAAAUCUGCUUUAUUUUUUAUUUGCAAAGUUGUUAGGAACAGAAUCCCUGCUGAAACUUUAUAUGCUUACCUUCUAAAAUUAUUAUCAUCGCCAUCACUUGAGUUCAUGCCAAAAAAGUUUAUGCACGUUUAGACUGGGACACAAGAUCCGCCGUCUUGAUUCUUGCAUCUAUUUUACAUGUAAAAAUGACUUCAGACAAUCCUCUGCCACAGUUCAGAAGUGUAUAAACUUAUUUGGCGUCAACUUUACUGUAAAAUUUAUUUUUAAUAUUUUACAAGCAAAGUUUGCACUAUAAGCUUGCUUAAAUAAAUAUAUUAUAAAGUCUCUGUCUUGAAAGUUUUUCAUUUUUGAGAUCUAGAGUAUGGCCAAGGAGGACAGCGGUUACGUAUUUAAUGAUUCAACAUCACAGAAAUCAGUCAUGUGUUGUACUUCCCUUGAGUUACGUAAUACAUACUAAUGGCCUUAAUGUACAUUGAUAUUGGGAGUAGAAAAACAUAAUUCUUGACCGCAUUGUCUCAAAAAUUGCUUUUAAUACAUUUUUUUUUAGAAUCAAACAGCCAUGUAUUUUUCCAGUAAAAGAAUUUGCUCGUAACUGCAAAAGAUUUGGUGCCGGCUAAAUUCUGUCAAUAUUUUUCAUGGUAUUCUCUACGAUCUCCGAAGCAAGAUGAACUUCAUAAAUUGAUCUUUCUAUGUGCUGACUUGAAAAAACCAGGAGUAAAGGGUGAAUUUUUCAGAUUUUUCAUUAUGCAUUUAAUUGUGUGGAUAUGACCCCGAUGUGGUGAGGUUUUGCAAUUGUACGUUAAUUUGGAAAUUGACACAAUGCUGAGUCACCUGGUUUCAUCAUUCAGGAGAACUUUCAGGUUCUUGGCAGUUAAAAAACCACAAGAGUAAGAGGAGGCAUUUGUAUCAUAUGGUUGACCAGCGUGGGAAUGUGAGCCCUCCUUGGUCAUUAAGCCAGUUUUGCAACAUUUCUACCUGAAAAUGUGUGUAGAAGUGCUUAAAAAUUCACUUUUUAGUCCUAAUUUUCUCAAACUUGUAUUGUAAAGUUAACUUUUAAGUUUACUUCUCACGAUAGUUUGCGGAGAACAUCUUAUGAAAAAAAAAAAAAAAAUGUUAACUGGAGGUGAAUUCCUUUGGAUUUUAAGCCAAGUUCUUUUUGUAAAGUUAUGGAAAAAUCUCGCAAAUUUUCAUAAUGUGAAGGCGCUCGAAUUUUCUUCAUCAAAAUAAAUGGAGGAAGAAGUGUGCAAUGCUGCACACCAAAACGCAUGUUUUUCUAGUUUCACCAUUGAUACAUCAUUUACACACCAUUUGGACGCAUUUGAACGAAAGAAGUCUUCCUGCAUUGAGAGUUUUGAAGAAAGACCUAUGUGAAAUAGUUAACUACUGUCACACUACUGUCUUACGUCAGAUAAAGACGCAUAUUAAAUCAAAAGGUAACGAUAGGAGCGACACGGAGCUCAAGAACGUGUAGCACUCGCAAAACCCCUCCAAGGCUCCAUCGGAAGCGGGAGGCAGUUCAGGAGUUUACCUUUCCUGCAGGUAGACUUCUUUUGCGUAGUAUGAUUCGCAUCUCGGAGCAACAUCACAUGAAACCCUCAGGUAAAACCCUGCAUCUCUCCGGGCUAAGUCAUGGUUUUUCCACUGCUUUGUCCACUGUUUAUCCUUAAGCCAGCUUCCAAACUUCAAUCUUACACUUAAGCUAUAUCAUAAACAGAAGUGAAAAAUUAAUGUCUGGUAACUAGUCUAGGGGAGUUUGAACAAUUUGACCUAUAUUGUAGGUACCAAUUAAAGGAUGACUCGGCACAAUUUUUUAUGUUGAGCCUGAGAGUUGUCCUCUUUGCAUUACGAUGAAAGCUUCCUUGUAAAACAACAGGGAAAAAUUGAGCUGCCAAUUCCAGAAAUAAUUUUAAAAUUUUAGUUUUAAGUAUUUUGUUUUCUCAUUUAAAUUUCUUUAUGUUCAAAAUUUGUGUUAGUGAAUCUUCAGUCUAGUGCUGGUUUUUUACACACACGGAAAGCUCAGAGAGGUCCACUUCUGAUUUUGAUGAAUUUUGCAAUAAUAAAUAGUUCAGAGACAGCUGAUUGAUGAGUAUCUUUCAGCUUGUACCAAUGGGUCCUCCAAAAAGUUUUCUGUAAAUGCCCCAUGAUGACUAUCUGCAGCUGUAUGAAGAAUGAUUUCCAGCCCUCCACAUAUUCUUCCAUGGUGGUGCUAUGCGGUAAACAGCAUCAAAAUCAAAUGUACCUCCUUCCGAUCCUUCCCUCAUUAGUCUUAACAUUUCUCACAAGUGACCUUUUACUUUUAAUAAAUGUUAACUGUUGAGUCUCACACUUCCAAGUAAAGUAUGAAAUCAUUUGUACAUUAGCUCAGUACAUUUCCUUUCCUAUUUUGUUGUAUUCCCCUUUAAAAGUUUUCAAUCAACAUCAUUCUUAUCUGUAAAAAUAGAUUACCAAAUUAGCCUUAAGAACCUUAAACAUGACAAAAUAACUAUUUUUGUCAGGUAAUUAUGUUUCGUUUCAAUUUUUUCUUCUUCUUUUUCUUCAAUAGAUGAACUGAAUGUGACUUACAAAAUGAAAUAUUAUCUUUUCUAAGUCUUACAGUUUUGUUAAUCUAAUUGCAAACCCACAGAAAUUAACAUUUUUCGGCAGAAAUAUUUUUUUAUAUGAUUAUAGACGUAUGUGUUCAUUAAUCAUCAUCACAUAUGUAAAAAUUUCAAAUGUUCUUCAGAAAUGAUAAAUGUACUAAGCUUUUGCAUGGAAUAAUCUGUGCUGGAACCUUUACUUUGAUGUUGUCUGUUCUUUACAAAAAUAAAGUAGCUAUUUCACCUAA